AAUAUAUCUUUAUUUAGUUAAAACAUUUCAGACUGUUUUGUUAACAGGGACACAUUAAGACUCCAACGUAAUAAUAGUUUAUUAACAGAAGUUGUUGUUGUUGAUUAUAUGCGGACAUUUAAAUAUUAAAUUUUAUUGAAAAAAUGAAAUUUCUUCUUUCUAUACUCGUAAUCAUUGGUAACUUGAAUGUGUUGCUUGCAAACAAUGAUAAUUGUAGAGUAAACGAUUUGAAUGUUUUAAUGGUAAUUCUGCGUCAACUUCGAACAGACUUUGCCAACUUGAAAAUCCAGCACGCUGAACUCAGACAAGAAAUAUCGGCAAUUAAAGACGACAAGUCGCUUUUACCAAUUGUUGGAUUCAACGCCCGUCUAUCUUCUAACGAAACAGAUAAGAGAUUGCGAAAGGUCAUCUUCGAUACCGUCAUAACAAACCAAGGUGAAGGCUACGACAAUUCUACCGGGGAAUUUACUGCACCCUACACUGGACUCUAUUUCUUCUCAGUCCAGUUUUGUUAUGAGGGAAAUGCGAUUUACGAAAUAUAUCAAGAACGUACACGGUUAACAAGCAGUUUGAAGUUAGACAGUGAUACUAGUUGUAGUUCUGUGAGCACAAUCGCCAUGGUAAACAAAGCGGAACAAGUGUGGGUACAAACUCACUUAGAAUCUAUUAAUUCUAUUAAUGAACAUUACGGAUGGAAUACUUUUUCUGGAUCUCUCUUAAACAAAUAACUACAUGUAUAUAUUAGCAAACUAGAUAUAAAAUACCCCCAGGAAAGUUCCCAUAACCGGAUAUUAAAUAAAUAUUAAUUAUAUGACAAAAACGGCUUCGCUUGCAAUUUAUCACUUAAUACAAAGAUAAUUAAAAUACUAAACAAGUCCUGCCUAAAAAGGCUCAUCAUUUGUUAUAUAGUUAUAUUUAUAUAUUUGAGGGAAAUACACUUAGUGUGUUUUUUUAGAAAAUAUUGACAAUUGCUACACAGUCUCUUUGUGAAUAGAAUAAUUAUGUAUUUGUUUUGAUUUCCAACACAAUAGAUAUGUUAUGUGUAAAACUCUGCACACUAUAAAUGGUCUAUAUAUAUGAAUAUAUAAUAGUGUCAUAUAAGGCCUGUGAUAGGGAACACAGCUCUCCAUACAUAGUUUAUUCUUUCUUUUAUUCAAAUAAGAUAUAUUUAUUCAAAUAAGAUAUAUUAAGUAAAUGUUUCAUAUAUUUAUAUUACAUGUAUUAAUGUCUUUUACUAAAGGAUGAGCAUAGUAUAUCUUUAACAAAAGUGUUAUCAAUUUAUUGUUUACAUGAUAUUAUAUAAACAUAUAAUAUGAUUAAUCAUUUACUAACAAUUGUAUUAAGGAAUGUUUGACGAUAUGUUUUUUUUUAUUGAACAUAUAAAGUUUUAUC